AUGGGAGCUGUGACACCGCCUUUUCUUUGGAUUCCUGAAGAUGAUCUUUUGCUUAAAAACGCCGUUGAGGCUGGUGCUUCUUUGGAAUCUUUAGCUAAAGGUGCUGUGCAUUUUUCUAGAAGAUUUACUGUUCAGGAACUACAAGAUCGCUGGUAUUCUCUCCUUUAUGAUCCUGUUGUUUCUGAAGAGGCAUCAAGUUGCAUGAUUGAGUUUGAGCAUUCUGCUUCUACUUUUCCAUCUAAACCUAAUCGGAUGGAGAGUAGAAAAGAGACAAACUGCAUUCUAGGGAAGCGAAAAUCUGAAAGCAUUCGUAAAUUUUACUAUGCUAUGCGAAAGAGAAUUUCAAAUGAACCAUUUGACGUGAUGGAUGUUGAUUUUCUUAGUGGUCCUGGGCAUAUGAAUUUUGGAGAUGGGAAUGAACUCCCUUCUGCAAAUAUGAUUUCGGUUCCAAGUCAUUUUGAAAUUGAAGACCCCGACCUUAACAUCGUACAUUGUUCCUUACCAGAACUCACAACUGCUGCUGCUGAGCAAACUGGCCAUGAUGUUACCCCUUCCAUUAAUAAUAAUGACGAACAUCUUCCAUUUGAUGGGAAUGAUUUGUCUCAUAGCUUUUGUCUUACGUAUGAAAAAAAUAUUUCUCUCCAUGGGAAUGAAAACUCUGUUCCUGUAUUCAGCCAAUCAAAUGAAUUGCCAGUCUGUGAUGUAUUUGAGGGCGAGAGUUUAGAGGCCAAUCAUCCAGCUGUAUCCAGUGAUAUUAAUGAUAGUGAAGCAAAUGUGACCUCUGAAUUUGAAGGCGCAUUUCAUAAUUUUGGAUAUUCUUCGUCCCCACCUCAAAUGGCAAUUUGGAGUAAUGUUGAGGGCAUUUCUGCACCCACUCUGUCAUUUCAGCUUGGAGAGAAAGACCAGCAAAUAGGAGACACAUUCUUAUUUCCCCAUUCUGGUGAUGCUAAUAACACAAGCGCACUAGGAUAUGAUGUUCUUCACCCAAACACUGAUUUCCAAAAUCUAAUGCCUUGUGAUAACAUGAAAAAUUUAACCACCAGCACAGAGGACUACUUUGAGCAACUAUCCAGUACUUUGUUUGACUUCACAAAAGAGGAGCUUCUACUUAUGGAUGCUGAUGGAAACGAUACAACCAAUAAGUCUUAUUUUGAUGGUUUGAGUUCACUUUUAUUGGAUUCUCCUAAUGUCAGUGUAUCAGAGGGCUUGGUAACUCCAGAUGGAGAGUUUACUGUUGUUAGUACUGGUACAUGUCUCGAAGACUUGAGUAAGAAAGGGCAGCUUCAUUCCAACAAUCAGAAUUGCCUUCCAACAGCUCAAGUUCCUAUUGUAUCACGUGUGAAAGCAUUUGGUCCUGAAUACCGUGAUGGAGUUAUAUGUUGCACAUUAAACUCCGAGGAUGCAGAAGUUCCUAGCAACGAUGAUGUUUUUCUACCAUUCAGGUGUCCAUCACCAUCUAGUUCCUCAGGGAUGAAUUGGGGACUUCAUGAUGCUUAUCAUCCAUUGCACUCGGUCGUGAAGGACUUUCCAAGUACUCAAAAAGCAAUUGGAGGACCUAGUUUGAUGAAGAACGAAAGAAAAGAAUCCCAUGUUCUUCCUCUCAUAUUGGGGCUCCCGCAGCAGCCUGAAAUGGGCUUAAACCAUCCAAUUUGUGAUCAUCGGAUUAAAUUUGAGUUGCCCAACAGUAAUAUCCAACAUGCUGGGGUAAGGAAUGCAAAAAAUAGUGAAGGUCUGAGUCAGAACAGGUCGCUAAAUGCUAGUACAAUCGAACGGGCAAAGAGUCUUGAUCACAACACUGCUGGUCUUCUUCUAGAUAGGCAUACUUCUGGUCCAGACUGCAUUCAAAGCUUUCAGAAGAUUUCCAUCGGCUGUAAGAAGGAAGUAGAUGCUAAAAUUACAGUUUCAAAUAAUGGAGAAUCAAAUGUUGACUUGAGUUCCGUAAAAAUGAUGGUCCAAGAACUGAAUGAAAAACCUACACCUUCAGAUCAGGACGAUUUCUGUUCUGAGAAUGAUUUUGACAUGCCUUAUUUUUCUGAUGUUGAAGCAAUGAUUCUCGAUAUGGACUUGAGUCCAGACGAUUUUUCUUUGCAAUCAAAUCAGAAAGUCCUAAGAUAUCAACAAGAAGAAACUAAGAGAACAAUAAUAAGACUGGAGCGGGCUGCUGAUGCUUAUAUGCAGAGAGCUAUAGCAGCGCAGGGAGCAUUUGCUGUUUUGUAUGGUCGCAGGUCAAAGCACUUUAUUAUGAAACCUCAGGUUUUACUGGGGAGAUCCACUGAAGAUGUUAAAGUUGACAUUGACUUGGGAAGAGAAGGCCGUGCUAAUAAAAUUUCUCGUCGGCAGGCUAUUAUAGAGAUGGACCCAUCUGGAUUGUUCCAUUUGAAGAACUUGGGAAAAAUUUCUAUUCAUGUCAAUGGCAAAGAAAUAGCACCUAAACAGAGUGUAAAUCUUAAUUCAGGAUGCCUUGUUGAGGUAAAGGGAUUGACGUAUGUGUUUGAAUCAAAUCAAACUCGCAUGAGAGGAAGCUUUUUCUAG